AUGCCAGAUCAGAGGUUAGCGACUGUGAAAACGUAUGUUGAUCCUGAGACUAUUUACGAUGUCCUUGAAAGGAUUGGCAAGGGUUCAUUUGGUGAAGUCCACAAAGGAAUCGACAAAAGAACGAAGGUUGUCGUUGCAAUCAAACUGAUUGAUCUUGAGCAGGCAGAAGAUGAGAUCGAAGACAUUCAGCAGGAAAUUAAUGUUCUUUCGCAAUGCGACAGCCCAUUUGUUACUAAAUAUUACGGAUCAUAUCUAAAAAAUACACGUUUAUGGAUAAUAAUGGAAUAUCUUGGGGGUGGUUCCGCACUUGACUUGAUGCGACCUGGUCCUCUUGGUGAAAACUAUAUUUGUAUAAUUCUCCGAGAAAUUCUCAAAGGUCUGGAUUAUCUUCAUGGCCAGAAGAAUCUACAUAGAGAUAUAAAAGGUAGGUAUUUCGAACAUUGUUUGUCCUCAAGUUGCUAG